AUGGCUGAUUCUAGCGAGUCCCGACCGGUCGCGCGGGCCACCAAGCCCGUCAGUGAAGCUCUGCUCAACGAGAAGUGGGACCGCGCCAUUUCCUCUAUGAUCAUCAAGUCUUCCCUUGGUCUUUCUUUCGGUGUUGUCUUCUCCGUGCUCCUGUUUAAGCGCCGCGCUUGGCCCGCUUGGGUUGGCCUCGGUUUCGGUGCCGGUCGUGCUUGGGAGGAAGCUGACUCUUCCUUCCGUCGUGGAGACUCUCCCAUCACCCAGGCUCUGCGCCGCUAA